CCCUUCGCGGUAUUCGGGAGAUGCUAUCCACAUUUCAAAUAGAAAAAAAGCGCGACAAGUACCUUAGCCUAUUGGCUAAUAGCGUUCCGCCCACGAUUUCAAAACAGCGUGUUAAACGUCAUCCCGCACAAACCAAUCCUGUACGAGCAAUAGCGCACAGAAAUUUGCAUAGCUGGAUUAUAAAAACGACACUCGGCCGACUUCAAUUCAGAAAUCGCUUACCUGAGCAGUUGUCACAAUGCCUGAACCAGCAGUCAAAGUCUCCAAGAAGGGCUCCAAGAAAGCCGUCGCCAAGUCUACCAAGCCUGGCAAGAAGAGAGUGAAGCGCAGGAGGGAGAGCUACUCCAUCUACGUGUACAAGGUAUUGAAGCAGGUCCAUCCCGACACCGGCAUCUCUUCCAAGGCUAUGAGCAUCAUGAAUUCGUUCGUUACCGACAUCUUUGAGCGCAUCGCUGGCGAGGCAUCCCGCCUGGCACUCUACAACAAGCGCUCGACUAUCACCUCCAGGGAGAUCCAGACCGCCGUCCGCCUGCUUCUUCCCGGUGAGCUGGCCAAGCACGCCGUGUCCGAAGGCACCAAGGCUGUCACCAAGUACACUAGCUCCAAGUGAAGUGUUACUCUUCACUCUCGGCCAAAGGCCCUUUUCAGGGCCACAACAAGCUUCUUAAGACUUCCUUUCCAUCAGUAUGAACUUUACUAAUCGCCUCACUGCAGAUUAAAGUGCCAAUUUCUUUUUACGGAGAGAGAACAAUAAACGUUUCUACACUUGCAUAAAUCGCUAUGAA